AUGUUGGAUGGAUUUGCACCUUUCGAUUUUAAGACAAAACCUUCAUGGUUUAACCCCCAUUAUUUAGGUCUUAUAAUAUCAAUGGAAAUAGCCUAUGUCAUCUCUGGCCUGCUCUUUGCCUUGUUGGUAGAAGAAUGGGUUUGGGAUUAUGCCAUAACUGUUACAGUCAUUCACAUCACAGUAACUUCAGCAGUAAUGGCUGAAUUUCCACUGAUGUUGCACUGGUGGGCAGCUUUAGGUUCUGGCCUCAUUUUAAUGAUUUGCAGUGGUCAAUGUUUGGCUUUUUAUCUGUUCAAGGACAAUUUUAUUUAUCCUGUUCUUGAUGAUUUCUGA